AUGGAUAUGGAGGAAGAAAUGUGUACAACACCAAAAAAUCAAGAAUAUCGAAUUCAAACGCCAUUAGAGUGUCCACCGGCUCCGAAGAAGAAGAAGAAUGAAAACAGAGCAGCAGGGAAAAGGUACAAAAAGCCCAAAAUUACAGCCUAUUUUCAUUCUCCUGAUCUUGAUGCAUUUUUUGGCGGAGACGGAGCUAGAAUUGUAAAACACAACGUAACGAGACUAUGCACCACGAAGAGCAUAGUUAGCGUGAAUGGGCGUUUUCCAGGCCCUCGUAUUAUAGCAAGAGAAGGUGAUCGAGUGAUCGUUAAGGUGAUCAACCAAGUUUCCAACAACAUAUCUAUUCAUUGGCAUGGAAUUAGGCAACUUGCAAACGGAUGGGCAGAUGGACCAGCAUAUGUUACACAAUGUCCUAUACAAUUUAACAAGAGUUACACAUAUAACUUCACGAUCAUCGGUCAGAGGGGAACUCUGUUCUGGCAUGCUCAUAUUUCAUGGCUUAGAGCAACAGUUUAUGGGCCUAUCAUCAUCUUGCCACGACGUAACGAGUCAUAUCCAUUCAAGAAACCAUACAAGCAAAUUCCAAUCAUGUUUGGGGAAUGGUGGAAUGUUGAUACUGAGGCUGUAAUAAAUCAGGCUCUUCAGACAGGAGGUGGACCAAAUGUUUCAGAUGCAUAUACUAUCAAUGGCCUACCAGGACCUUUAUAUAAUUGUUCAUCGAAAGAUACAUUCAAGUUGAAGGUGAAGCCAGGAAAGACUUACAUGCUACGAUUAAUCAACGCUGCACUAAAUGAUGAAAUGUUCUUCAGCAUUGCCAAUCACACCCUCACCAUCGUUGAUGCAGACGCUAUUUACACCAAACCAUUUAACACAAAUGUAGUAUUCAUCACCCCUGGACAAACCACCAAUGUUCUUCUCAAAACGAAGCCACAUUACCCAAACGCCACCUUCCUAAUGGCGGCUCAGCCAUACUUCUCCGGUCUAGGAACUUUUGACAACUCUACUGUUGCCGGUAUCCUAGAAUAUGAAUCCCCUUUACAUAAUUCUCCCACCAACAAAAGUAAAAUCAAACUUUUUAAACCAACCUUACCAAAUAUAACUUCAACAAGUUUUGUUGCCAAUUUCACCAAGAACUUUCGUAGCUUAGCUAACACUCCAUUCCCAGCAAACGUUCCACUAAACGUUGACAAGCGUUUUCUCUUUACAAUAGGACUUGGUUCUAAUCCAUGCCCCAAAAACAUGACAUGCCAAGGACCUAAUGGCACUAAAUUUGCAGCAUCAGUAAACAACAUAUCGUUUAUCCUUCCAACGACAGCACUACUCCAAUCUCAUUACUUUGGACAAUCGAAUGGGAUUUACACCACAGAUUUUCCGGUUACCCCUCUAAAUCCAUUCAACUAUACAGGAUCACCACAACCAAACAACACAUUUGUAACCAACGCAACAAAAGUUGUUGUCUUACCAUUUAAUUCGAGUGUUGAGGUUGUGUUACAGGACACUAGCAUACUCGGUGCUGAAAAUCACCCCCUUCACCUCCACGGUCACAAUUUCUUCGUUGUUGGUGAAGGAUUUGGUAACUUUGAUCCUAAUAAUGACCCAUCUAACUUCAACCUCAAGGACCCUAUACAGAGAAACACAGUUGGUGUCCCUGCUGGUGGAUGGAUUGCUUUUAGAUUUUUCGCGGACAAUCCAGGAGUAUGGUUUAUGCAUUGUCAUUUCGAGGUGCACACAAGCUGGGGACUAAGGAUGGCUUGGAUCGUGUUAGAUGGAUCGUUACCUAGUCAAAAGUUACCUCCUCCGCCUUCAGAUCUUCCUAAAUGUUGAACAAGAACAUAAACUCAACUGCUCAUUUCGCGAUUUCUUGAGUGUUUUGAUCUUCCUUUAUUUAUUUUUUUUCGGAAAAUUUUCCUUCAUUAAGUUAAUGUGUUAUUACAUUCUUUUUUUGUUACAUUGAAAUAAUUCAAGAGAAUUAUGAUCAACAAAUGUUCUGCAUCAACAUGAAUGCAAUCCUAUUUGUGUAAGUACGCAAACCUUAUCCCUAUCUUUCUGAGGGUAAAUAGUCUGUUUUUUCAUUAGACGGUUUAAAUUGAAAAUGUAAAUGAUUUUCACCCUUUAGGCACCAUUCUCGAUUAUUCUAAAUGCAAGAAAUAUUAGGAUAAUUUGAAAGGAAGGUGAUAAUUUUAUUAAUUCUCGUUAUUCAUUUCAAAACAUAUUCAAAUCCAAAAUAAGAAAACAUUAACAACUUAGAAAAU